AUGGAACAUCUUACUAUUCAAACGGACGAGUUGCAAGAUCAGUUUCAAAACUGUUCACCAGCUUCUGUUGAUAGCAGUUACUCUUCCUGCUCCAGCGUGGAGGACGAAAUCGAAAUCUACACGCGCCUUGUGCGUAACGAGGCGCCUCUCCGCAAGGACUUUUUCCGUGAAAUGUCCAAAAACUCUUCCUGUUCUUCAUCUUUUGAUUACGGAGAAUUCGGUCCAUCGUCUUCAAGAAAAGGAUCAAAAACAACUGAUGCUGACCUCGAUACGUUAUUCCAUUCCCUUGUGGACACGAGUGAACAAGUCAACAUCGUUCCGAAGCCCGUCACAAAAGUUGAAGUUCCCGAAGAGUUUGAACAGAAACCAUCCUCAUCUGCAUCCACAUCCAAUCCACGUGUUCAACCAUCUGAAAUGAAUGCCUCAAUAACUCAUAUCAAAAGUGAAUUGGAUCCAACAAUGCAAGCAUUCCAAAUGCCCCAACACGAUCUGUUCCUUGGCGCAACUCCCCAAUACAAUCCAUUCGCUCUUACCAACGAGUUCAUGGGAGCCCAAAAUGCAUUGAUGCCAUCGUUCACUUCUCCAUUCUAUCCCCAACACUUCCCAGUUACCGAUUCAAGACGUAACAGUCAGGGUACAACAAGUUCUUCAAAUAAUACCGGAGGAACACCAUCUCCACAUUCAAACUCUCUUCCAACGUCACCCCCGCAGUUGCAAGGCUUCUUGAGAUCCUUCUUGAAUCCUGACAAUCUGUCAACUCCAACUCCAUUCGGAGUACCAACUGAAACUACUCAUGACGCUGAUAAGAUGUGUGCCGUCUGUAAUGAUCGUGCAGUUUGUUUGCAUUAUGGAGCAAGAACUUGUGAAGGAUGCAAGGGAUUCUUCAAGCGGACGGUUCAAAAGAACUCAAAAUACACAUGUGCUGGCAACAAGAACUGCCCAAUUGACAAGAGAUACCGUAGUCGUUGUCAAUACUGUCGCUUCCAAAAGUGCUUAGAAGUCGGAAUGGUCAAAGAGAUUGUACGUCAUGGUUCCCUUUCUGGCCGAAGAGGACGUUUGUCUUCAAAAACAAAGUUGGCAAGAUCCGUCGAUCAACCAUCUCCACCACUUCCACUUUUGGCAUUGAUGGGAAAAGCAGUUGAGGAUCAUACCAACAUGUCGGUCACCAGACAAUUUAGCGCCCCAUUCAAUGAGGAUAUUGCUCUUCGCAUUUUCCACUGCGAACUUCAUGCAACACGGAAACUUCUGAUGGCAAUGCCACAAAUCAAUGAGAUUUCUGAUCACGACUUCCGUAUCCUUCUCAGCAGAUCAUUCUUCUCAAUCAUGGCAAUCCGUUGUGCGAAUCGUUUCACAACAAACACGGAUACAAUCAUGUUUGAAUCAGGAGAACUCUUCUCAUUGAGUGCAUUCCCUGCUUGCUUCCAACAGCUUCUCCGUUUUAUUAUCAGCAAAGCUCAAAGCUUCUCAUCGCUCAUUGAUUGGGAACCACAAGCUUUCGCAGGAUUGAUUGCUCUUCAAUUCUUGUCUGGAAAUACAGAGCAAAAUGUGUUGGGACUGACAAACAAGGGUAUUGUCGAUCAAAUCCAGAGCACCAUCAUCAAUGCUCUCAAAGAUCAUUGCAGUGGAUCUCAGAACAAAUUGGCGAAGAUUGUCAGACUGAUUGAAGAGUUCGAUAUGUUCCACACAAUGGGAAUUCAAGCAUUUGACGUCAUCUACCCAUCUCACGUUUUCCCAGAAGAAUUUCAAUUCUUGAUUAAUAUGACUCGUGCUCCACUUCGUACAAUUGAAGCUCCACCAGCAUGUGGCAGUCCGGCUGUUCCUUCCAGCACUUCACUUUUCAAUUUCCAAAUGGGAUCGACUGCUUUCUAA